AUGGAAGAACGAAGACUCAAGACCAAAAUGGAGAAGGUUAGCGCUGCUUCUGAGCUGGAGCAUUUAUGCUAAUAUUUAUACAAAGAAAAAACAAAACAGUGUUUAGGUGACCUACCCCACCACCUAAAUCAUCUGAGUGAAAGAGCAGUGCUGUAGAAUAUAUAUAGAACACUUAAACCUCAAAGCAACACAAGGGGACGGUAUUAUAUGUAGAAAAUAGAAGGAAAAAACACACACAUCGUGUAAUAUUGACAAUAUAUGGAAUUGAAUGAUCUAUGUAUCGUAUCAAGGCUCACAUUUUAUAGAGCCUUUUCAGAUAUAAGCUGUAAAAACAAAACUUGUCUGAAAAUGCUCUAUACAAUGUGAGUUUGGAUACGAUGCUUAUAACAUUCGAUCCCAUAUCUUGACAAUAUUACAGUAUCUGUGGUUUUUUUCUUCUAUUUUGUUUUCUUUGUAUAAAUUGAUGGGUUUUUGGAGUGCCAAAUUAAGGUUUUUUUCGGUAGCUUUACUUUUAUCAUUAUAUUAAGCACCUUGUUAUCAAAUCUUUUUUUUAAAUUUUUUUUUUUUAUUAUAUACUUAUUUUUUUUACACUAAUAUUUAUCCCUUUAUUUGGAAGGAAAGGAUCAUAACAAUGGGAUUUAUUCUUAUCACAUAUUUUUUUAAUUUAUUUUUUUAUGUGAAAUAAUUAAAAAUUGGAAAGGAAAAAAAAAGGUAGGCGUUUAAACAAAUAAAAUAUAAAUAAUUCGAAAAAAACAACUUAAAUUUCAUUUCCCUCCUGACAACCUGAAUAGUUACAUAGGACUAGAAAUUGUAAGAUAUAUGUAUAUAUUCUCUUACUCGCCGGUGCACGGUACACUUACCAGGGGUACAUUUUCACUUUGGAGCGUAGCAUAUCUAUUUCUGUCGCCAUAUCCCAAAGUCAAAAUAGAUUUGUGCAUUUUCCCUUAUUUUGGAAAUACCUGAUCAGGUUUAAAAUUAGAUAAAUACAACCUUGGAAAAACACAUGACAUAUUACACAGUGUCGUGAUUUAUUUAACAAAAUUAAAGCCAAAAUGGAUGUCUGGGGGGUGAGGGGUUGCAUUUCGCAAACAGUUUUUAGAAAUCUUCCCAAUUAAAAAAAAAAAAAAAAAGUAUAAUGAAAUGCCUGCAUGUUUUUAUUGGGUGUAUAUCUACUAAAUAGUGAUGUUUGUUUACCUUUAGGCAGUGUGGUGUCACUUUCUCUUUGCUCCAGUAACUUAUUAAAAACUGUCUUUUUCUUUUUUUUUUGUCUAGAAAUCAAAGAAACCCAAAGCAGUGGAGUCCACGUCACAGAAGGAUCAAGGCAUCGAAAUAGGCAAUUUCUUGUUUAAAAGAAGAAUGGGGGGGAGGGGGGACUUCUGAAAAAAAAUCUGUGUUCUUUGUUAACAGUUUCUGUCUUUUUCCCAAUAGAUCUUUCCAGAUCCAAAGAAGUUUCCUCCGGAAGUAAAAGUAACCCCAGAGACCGGAUUGAUUUUGUUUCCAGCAGCAAAAUGAGAGGUUGGUUUUGGGCUUUAUCCUUUAAAAAGGACACUUGAAUUUCCAUAACUAAGUCAGACUAUUGUGAUCAGCCUAGUGCUUUCAGUCAUUAUUAAUGUCAUCCAAGUUUGUGUAGAAAAUGUGGAAGUAAAACACUCCACUUAGUGGCAGGACAUGGGACAGGCUCUGGGUGCUAGAAAAGUUUUGUGUUUUUUUGUUAAACCGUUUUCAGGCAGUUUAACAAAAAAGCUUUAGCUGCAGGAAGAAAAAAAAAAACAGAUAAAUGUGAUAUAAAUAAUUAGUUUUUUUUCCAUACUUACUUGCUUCUUUUGCCUUGUACUUUCCACUCCCCUCCUUAGGAGGACACUGAUAUAGCCAAUCUGUGUCCUAUACUUAGGAGUAGGGGAAAGCUGAAUUGUGUUGUCCAUGUUCGUGUCUACCUCACAACGUUACUGAUGACAUGUAAGGUCAUGGGCCAUUCGUGACCGUACAUUAUACACAAUCGCAAGCGGCACUUCCAUGCCUACACACUGCCGGCAAGGGGGGAAUGCCCUGCUGCUUGCCCAGUGUACUCCCGGCUGCCGUGCCUCUCCAUUCAAUGCCACAUGUGCUCCACUCCACCCUGCAACACUCUCGUCCCCCUGUCACAAUCACUGCACAGUCUGAGUGUGAGUGAAUCUGUGCAGAACAUUGUAUAACUCACUAUAUAUUCAAUACGAGAUAAUAUACAUCUCACAGAAACAACAUGCUUCCAAGGUAGGAAACAACAACAUGUUCAUAACCCAAAGACAAACAAUAUUCAAUACGAGAUAAUAUACAUCUAACAGAACAUGCUUCCAAGGUAGGAAACAACAUGUUCAUAACCCAAAGACAAACUAUAUAACACAAGAGAAAUUAUCUAAAGCAUAUAUUACAAAAUAUUUACCACAUAAAGGACAAAGAAAAUACGUGCAAUGCUCCCUUGUCAAAGGCUGUGUGCCGAAACGUUGGGUUUUUUCUUUACUUUUGUGACCUUGGAAAUCUCCCUCUUCUCUUAUUUUUCUGUACACAUAUUUUCUCAGUUUUGGAAUUUGUGUGGUAUGUAUUUUGUAAUCAAUGCUUUAAAUUAUUUCUCUUCGUUGUGUUAUAUUGUUUGUCUUUGGGUUAUAUACAUUGUUCUUUCUGGACGCAUGUUUUUCCUGUUAGAUGCGUAUUAUCUUGUAUUAUGAUUAGUUACCCCAUGGGCUGAUAUAUCUACGAUGCAUUUUUUUUUUUUUUAGACGUUCGUUAUGGAUGUUUUGUAGAUAUUAUUAUAUUAGUGUGCGCUCCUUUAUAAAACAAGUUUUUCCUUAUCUAAACCUGCCGUCUCCGCCAACCUUUUUUCACAAGGUCCUCUUCAGUUUUGGCGCUUCUUCUGCCAGGAGUUGACAUCGGCGCUAUACUCUCGCUCCUGCAAUGAUAUCCUCCAUAGAGAGAGCCUUUCUCACCUCCGCCAUCACUCGGUGACCAGUGACAGAGCUUGACGAAACGUAGCUCUGCCUUUUGUCAAACGUAGUUCCAUAUGUUCCAUUCCUAACACCAUGUCAGUUUGCAAUAUCUCUUAAAGACAAAGUACACAGUUUGAGAAAUACAAUAUUUGCAUUUGCCAUAACAGUAGGAAAAUACAUAGGGCAAAGGAGUCACUACAAUGACUUUUGAUAUCUUUCAACUGGGUUUCAGUCUUAAUGAGCAUUUCAUAAAGAUUUUUUUAUUACUUUUAUACCUUUGGGGGAGGGAUAACAUGCACUUUGUAGAAACUAUAACAUAUAACCAUCAUAUUUAGGUUUUUAUUUGUACAUUUUUUUAUUUUUUUAGCCGAAGAAGGUUCAGGUUCGUCAGAGAAGGCUACCAAAUUGUCGUCUGCCACCAAGAGACCAGCACCUGCGACUGAUGGCAAGUCUGAGGCUUACAAAUCCAUCUUCUCCUCCCACAGCUCGGCCAAACGUUCUAAUGAUGAAUCGUGUAACUGGAUCGCUCAGUCUACGUUCUACAUCUAA